AUGCCGCGAGUAGCACAGGGCCCUCGAAAUACGGGCUCCAGAGUGGCUUCUGGGUCCAUGAUCGCGUCCCCAUUCAAGACACAGUCCCCCAUCAAGAUCCCCCUCAACGAUGAUGCAGAGGAGAAGGCGCGGCGAUUACUCUCACGACAAGCGCUCCAAGAAGCCCAGAUCAACCAGCUGAAGCUUGCUGCAACUCCGGUGCGCAAGGGAAGCCUACGAAGCAUGGGAACGUCGUCGCCCAGCUCGAAUCCGCGGACGCCCCGUGGUCGUUCGCACCCCUUCAGGGAUGACGACGACGAUGAUGUCGUGAUAAGUGGGAGCGCGGUCACGCCGAUGAAGAGGGUGCCAAUCCUGGCCAACUUCGAAGAAUGGAUGAAGAUGGCGACUGAUAACAAGAUUAAUGCGGCGAACUCGUGGAAUUUCGCCCUUAUCGAUUACUUCCACGACAUGUCCCUCCUAAAGGAAGGAGACGGCGUUAACUUUCAAAAAGCCAGCUGUACCCUUGAUGGGUGUGUCAAAAUUUACACGAGUCGCGUAGACAGUGUUGCUACAGAGACCGGGAAACUGCUCAGUGGAUUAGCAGAUAGCAACAGCAAAAAGAAGAGCCAGGACGGAGACGAAGAGGCUGAAGAUAGUGAGGAAGAGGUCGACGAAGACGGCACUGUGAGGAAAAAGACAAAGAAGAAGAGCCAACGUUCCGAGGUGACCUUGGCGCCCUCAUUCGCCUCCUUACAACUCAAGAAGUUCGAACUAGAGUUUGCGGUGGAUCCUCUCUUCAAGAAGGCCUCGGCCGAUUUCGACGAAGGUGGCGCCAAGGGCUUACUGCUCAACCACCUCAUGAUCGACUCCGAAGGUCGUAUUGUCUUCGAUAGCAGUGACGAUGCAGAUGACAGGGCCGCAGACAAGGGGAAGAAGGGCGAUGCCGACGCUGAGGAGGAGGACGGUGAGAUUCCCGAGGAAGGAAUCGAACCCCCUACUCGUGAGGGUACUGUCCAGCCCCAGGAAGAGGAGCCCUCUGUCGAAAUUGAUCUUGCCAGCCUCGCUGCAAGGUUUAUCCCCGACCUUGGUCGUCUAGAUGACCUAGAUGUCUGCCCAUCUCUCAAGAAUUUCGACCUCGGCGACCCCUCGGGGUCACUCGACAUCCCCUUCCUCAAGGCACCCGAGGACUGGCGCCAGGACCAGGAUAAGGGCCUGGGAACCUUUGGCGACAAGUCCGGUAUGCUCAUCGAUGACGACCAUCCACCGGGAUUCGAUGACGAUGAUCUCGGUCUCGGGGCCUUCGAUCUAGGGGCCGACAUAGCCUUUGGUGAGGGUGGAGAGGCCUGGGCGCGCGAAGCCGCCCUAGAGCCGCAAAUGCGCGUAUAUGACGCUGGGAACGGUGCUGCCGGGGGCGAGGGCCUCGAGAUGCUCGACCAAGAUUCCGGCGAGUACAUGGUCACCAUGAACCACUCCAAGAACCCCGAUCAGAUGCAUGAGGAUAUCCUCAGCUACUUUGACCAGGCCCUGCAGAAGAACUGGACGAGCGCCGAGCAUUGGCGUAUCCGCAAGAUCAAGGACGUUAACAAGCCCGCCGACGCCAAGCGUACGCGCAAGGAGAAGGAGCCCUUCGAAAUCGACUUCUUCUCACCCCUCGACCCCGUCCUCGCCGAGGUCAUCUACACCCCCGCCUCGAGCAACUCGGCCAUCUGCAUGCCCAAAAAGGACUGGAAAUCCAAGACGAGGAACCUCCUCCCCGACGACAAGCACUUCAGCUCCAAGCAGCUCCUCAGCCUCUUCCUCAAGCCCAAGGCUCGCAUGGGUCGUCGUCGCGUCCUCGGCCGUGCCGGCACUGGAUUCGGGCUCGGUAACGGUUUCGGCGCGGCAGCGGCCCAGCAAGACCGCGACGACGUUCCCGAGGGCGACAUGGAUGAGGCCUUCUGGGCGCAGCGCAAGGAACCCCUCCACAACACCGAGGACACGGCGCUACCCCAGGGCGACUACGACGCCAACUUCUUCCAGGACGACCUGCCCUUCGCCGGUGGCUUGGAUGAUGACGAUGACGACCUCGAGUUCGCUGACGCCCGCGAGCACUUCUCGCCCGGUGCUGACCUGGCGCCUGGUAUGACGGAGGGCGUGGGUCUCACCGCGGCGUUUAACGGGGAGACACUCAUGGGACCGACUGCCGGGCCGUUUGGCACUACGCUGGUGACGCAGACGAGGAGGGUAAGGCCAGAGUAUGUGCAGUAUGCGCGCGUGGCCAAGAAGGUCGAUGUCAGGAGGUUGAAGGAGGAGAUUUGGAAGGGUAUGGGCUUUGAAAGCCUCGAGAAUACCUAUGAUCCCGACUCCUCCCGGCUCCCCACACCGCCGCCCUCAUCCAACGAUCCUCUCCCCUUAGACGUAAAGGCCUCAGCCGACGCGACGCUCAAGUUCACCGACGUGGUCAACAACCUCCAAUCAGUGUAUCCCAAGCAGGCCAUGAACGACAUCUCGACGAGCUACUGCUUCAUCUGCCUGCUGCACUUAGCCAACGAAAAGGGACUUGUCAUCAGCAAGACUCCUGAGUUGACGGAGCUCGACAUCAAGAAGGACUGGACGGCUGAGAUUACGGCGGGCGGUGACUAA